UGCUGGUGGCUCUCAGCGGCCGGAGCCGGAUUCUGUAACCCGGGUGUGGGCCCGCGUCAGUCCGUCCCUCCUUUGGCCCCCUCUCUCGUCUUCCGGAGUGUGGUUGGCGGAGCCGGGAUGGCGGAGCGAGGCCGGGAGCCCUCGCCGGCGGCAGUGGCUGCGUUGCCUCCCGAAGUGCGGGCGCAGCUGGCGGAACUGGAGCUGGAGCUCUCAGAGGGGGACAUCACACAGAAGGGAUAUGAAAAGAAGAGGUCCAAACUCCUGUCUCCUUACAGCCCACAGACACAAGAAACUGAUUCAGCAGGACAGAAGGAACAUAGAAACCAGACUCCUGCUCCAGCUGCAACUCAAACUUCCGCUCCCUCUAAGUACCACCGAUCUAGGUCUGGAGGAGCCAGGGAUGAGCGAUACCGAUCAGAUAUCCACACAGAAGCAGUUCAAGCUGCACUGGCAAAACAUAAGGAACAAAAAAUGGCUUUGCCCAUGCCCACCAAAAGGCGGUCCACAUUUGUCCAGUCUCCUGCAGAUGCUUGUACGCCUCCUGACACGUCUUCGGCCUCUGAGGAUGAGGGCUCUCUGAGACGCCAAGCUGCGCUCUCUGCUGCCUUGCAACAGAGCUUACAGAAUGCUGAGUCCUGGAUCAACCGUUCAAUUCAGGGAUCGUCCACUUCUUCAUCCGCAUCUUCUACGCUGUCCCAUGGAGAGGUCAAAGGAACCAGUGGGUCUCUAGCUGAUGUAUUUGCCAAUACCCGAAUAGAGAAUUUCUCUGCGCCCCCAGAUGUCACUACAACUACCUCUUCUUCCUCAUCAUCAUCCUCAGUACGCCCAGCAAAUAUUGAUCUGCCCCCCUCGGGGAUAGUAAAAGGCAUGCACAAAGGAUCCAACAGGUCCAGCCUUAUGGAUACAGCUGAUGGUGUCCCUGUCAAUAGCAGAGUAUCCACAAAAAUCCAGCAGCUUCUUAACACUCUGAAACGACCCAAAAGGCCUCCUUUGAAGGAAUUUUUUGUAGAUGACUCUGAAGAAAUUGUGGAAGGUAUACCUCAGCCAGACCCCAACCAGCCCAAGCCUGAGGGGCGGCAGAUGACGCCUGUGAAGGGAGAACCCCUAGGAGUCAUCUGUAACUGGCCACCUGCGCUGGAAUCUGCCCUGCAGCGAUGGGGUUCCACCCAAGCCAAGUGCCCCUGUCUGACUGCACUUGAUGUGACAGGGAAACCAGUUUACACACUUACAUAUGGAAAGUUGUGGAGCAGAAGUUUGAAGUUGGCCUACACACUGCUUAAUAAACUGGGUACCAAAAAUGAACCUGUGUUAAAACCUGGAGACAGGGUAGCCCUGGUUUACCCCAAUAAUGAUCCAGUCAUGUUUAUGGUAGCUUUUUAUGGAUGUCUCCUGGCAGAAGUGAUUCCAGUGCCAAUAGAGGUACCUCUUACCAGAAAGGAUGCCGGAGGUCAGCAGAUUGGCUUCUUGCUAGGAAGCUGUGGUAUUGCCUUAGCUCUAACCAGUGAAGUUUGCCUAAAGGGUCUGCCAAAAACACAGAAUGGAGAAAUUGUACAGUUUAAAGGUUGGCCCCGGCUCAAGUGGGUUGUAACAGACUCCAAGUACCUUUCAAAGCCACCUAAAGACUGGCAGCCCCACAUCUCUCCUGCUGGUACAGAACCUGCAUACAUUGAGUAUAAAACAAGCAAAGAAGGGAGUGUAAUGGGAGUUACAGUGUCCCGGCUUGCAAUGUUGUCUCACUGCCAAGCUCUGUCACAGGCCUGCAAUUAUUCUGAAGGAGAAACAGUCGUUAAUGUUUUAGACUUCAAGAAGGAUGCUGGGCUGUGGCAUGGCAUGUUUGCGAAUGUAAUGAAUAAGAUGCAUACAAUUAGUGUACCCUACUCUGUUAUGAAGACCUGUCCUCUGUCUUGGGUCCAGAGAGUCCAUGCCCACAAAGCCAAAGUAGCUUUAGUAAAAUGUCGAGACUUGCACUGGGCUAUGAUGGCACAUCGGGACCAAAGGGAUGUAAGCCUGAGUUCUCUCCGAAUGUUAAUUGUAACUGAUGGAGCUAAUCCCUGGUCUGUGUCAUCCUGUGAUGCCUUUCUGAGUCUGUUCCAAAGCCAUGGACUGAAACCUGAGGCCAUCUGUCCAUGUGCUACAUCUGCCGAAGCCAUGACUGUAGCAAUCCGCAGGCCUGGAGUUCCAGGAGCUCCUUUGCCAGGAAGAGCCAUUCUCUCAAUGAAUGGGUUGAGCUAUGGGGUAAUACGGGUCAAUACUGAAGAUAAAAAUUCAGCACUGACAGUCCAGGAUGUGGGGCAUGUAAUGCCUGGCGGGAUGAUGUGCAUUGUGAAGCCAGAUGGACCUCCCCAGCUGUGCAAAACAGAUGAAAUUGGAGAAAUCUGUGUUAGCUCAAGAACUGGAGGCAUGAUGUACUUUGGCCUUGCUGGUGUGACCAAAAAUACAUUUGAGGUGAUUCCAGUGAAUUCUGCAGGCUCUCCUGUUGGAGAUGUACCAUUCAUCCGGUCAGGAUUGCUAGGAUUUGUAGGGCCAGGUAGCUUGGUGUUUGUGGUUGGAAAAAUGGACGGAUUACUGAUGGUUAGUGGUCGAAGACAUAAUGCUGAUGACAUUGUUGCUACUGGAUUGGCUGUUGAGUCCAUAAAGACUGUUUAUAGAGGAAGAAUUGCUGUGUUUUCUGUGUCUGUAUUUUAUGACGAGCGCAUUGUGGUGGUUGCGGAACAAAGACCCGAUGCCUCUGAAGAAGACAGCUUCCAGUGGAUGAGCCGGGUGCUGCAGGCAAUUGAUAGCAUUCAUCAAGUGGGAGUUUAUUGUCUUGCUCUGGUGCCUGCCAAUACAUUGCCAAAAACUCCACUAGGAGGGAUUCAUAUAUCUCAGACGAAACAGCUUUUUCUGGAAGGAUCUUUACAUCCUUGCAAUAUCCUCAUGUGCCCACACACCUGUGUGACGAAUUUGCCAAAACCUCGGCAAAAGCAACCAGGUGUAGGCCCUGCUUCCGUGAUGGUUGGGAAUCUGGUUGCUGGAAAACGCAUAGCACAAGCUGCAGGAAGGGAUCUGGGGCAAAUUGAAGAGAAUGAUUUAGUGAGGAAGCACCAGUUUCUGGCAGAGAUUUUGCAGUGGCGAGCCCAGGCAACUCCUGAUCAUAUACUCUUCAUGUUGCUAAAUGCCAAGGGAACUACUGUAUGCACAGCCAGCUGCCUUCAGCUUCAUAAGCGAGCAGAGAGGAUUGCAUCAGUUCUUGGUGACAAAGGACAUCUAAAUGCAGGAGAUAACGUUGUGUUGCUCUACCCACCUGGCAUCGAGUUAAUUGCUGCAUUCUAUGGGUGCCUGUAUGCAGGGUGUAUACCUGUGACUGUCCGACCCCCUCAUGCUCAGAACCUUACUGCAACAUUGCCCACUGUUCGCAUGAUUGUUGAUGUCAGCAAAGCAGCAUGUAUUCUCACCACUCAAACCCUAAUGAGGUUACUAAGGUCCCGAGAAGCAGCAGCAGCUGUGGAUGUGAAAACCUGGCCAGCCAUCAUUGACACAGAUGAUUUACCCAGGAAAAGGUUACCUCAGCUGUAUAAACCACCUACACCUGAGAUGUUGGCAUAUCUUGAUUUUAGUGUCUCCACAACUGGCAUGCUUACAGGAGUGAAGAUGUCCCACUCUGCAGUUAAUGCUCUUUGUAGAGCCAUCAAGCUCCAGUGUGAGUUGUAUUCUUCUCGGCAGAUCGCCAUCUGCCUUGACCCUUACUGUGGACUUGGCUUUGCACUCUGGUGUCUCUGCAGUGUCUAUUCAGGUCACCAGUCCAUCUUAAUUCCUCCUAUGGAGUUAGAAAAUAACCUUUUCCUCUGGCUCACCACUGUCAACCAGUACAAAAUAAGGGACACUUUCUGCUCCUAUUCAGUAAUGGAGCUUUGCACUAAAGGAUUGGGAAACCAAGUGGAGGUGCUAAAGACAAGGGGGAUUAACCUCUCCUGCAUCCGGACCUGUGUGGUGGUGGCAGAGGAGCGGCCCCGCAUUGCCCUCCAGCAGUCCUUCUCCAAGCUCUUUAAAGACAUUGGUCUGUCCCCUCGAGCCGUCAGUACCACUUUUGGAUCAAGAGUCAACGUGGCAAUAUGUUUACAGGGAACCUCAGGGCCUGAUCCAACUACUGUAUAUGUAGAUCUGAAAUCAUUAAGACAUGACAGGGUUCGUCUUGUGGAACGGGGUGCUCCCCAGAGUCUGCUGCUCUCAGAGUCUGGAAAGAUUUUACCUGGAGUGAAAGUGGUUAUUGUUAAUCCUGAGACCAAAGGGCCUGUUGGAGACUCUCACCUGGGUGAGAUCUGGGUGAAUAGUCCACAUACAGCCAGUGGCUACUACACCAUCUAUGAUAGUGAGACUCUUCAAGCUGAUCAUUUCAACACUCGCCUCAGCUUUGGGGAUGCUGCUCAGACACUCUGGGCUCGGACAGGAUACCUUGGGUUUGUCCGCAGAACUGAGCUCACAGCAGCCACUGGAGAGCGUCAUGAUGCAUUAUAUGUGGUGGGAGCUUUGGAUGAAACACUGGAGCUGCGAGGAUUACGAUACCACCCAAUUGAUAUUGAGACCUCAGUGUCUCGAGUCCACAGGAGCAUUGCUGAAUGUGCUGUGUUCACGUGGACCAACUUGCUUGUGGUGGUUGUGGAACUGUGCGGCUCUGAACAGGAAGCUCUAGAUCUGGUUCCUUUAGUGACCAAUGUGGUCCUAGAAGAGCAUUACCUCAUCGUUGGUGUUGUUGUUGUGGUGGACCCAGGUGUCAUCCCAAUCAACUCCAGAGGAGAGAAGCAGAGGAUGCACCUCCGUGACAGCUUCCUGGCUGACCAGUUAGACCCCAUCUAUGUGGCUUACAACAUGUAGCUAUCCUUGUAGGGGCUGUCAAGGCCAUCCCAAGAAUCAGACUGAAGACCCAUGGCUAGGAGCUGGUUUCCAAAUGAUGUGAAAUAAGCUGAGAUGCCUGCAUUAUAUCCUUCAUCUCAUCCUGUGGAAUUCUGCAAUCAUACAAUACACAGGAAAGGGGAUUCUGUGGUGGCAAAUGAAAAAAAUGUUAACAGUCUAUUAGACCUUAGCUUUGACCAGUGUGAGCAACACGUAACUAAAGCAAUUAUUUGCAUGUUGCAUUUUUUUCA